AUGAGUUAUAGAAAAUUAAUUCCCAAGCUCUCUAUUCAGUCUCCUGUCCAUCAUGCCAACUUAAAGGUUCAGUCCACAGAAUCACCUUUUAAGAAAAAAGGCUUCCAUCUAAUUUCAAAAGACUCCCUGGAAGCUGAUUCAGAGAGCCUCACUCAAGAGAUUAAUUCCCAGUCUGAACCUGAAGACCAAGUCCAGGACGACAACAUGGAGCCUGACAGCUUAGAGGGGAGCUCCCCGCAGGACAGCCUGAGCGAGAGCGAGGAGGAAGCCAGCCGGAGGGCGGCGCAGGUGCUCAGCAGUGACCGCCUCCGUACCCAGGGCAAUGGCGGGAACCACAGCCAGCAACCCAAAGAAGACAAAUAUUCAGAUCUCCGCUAUGACCCAGACUGGAGAAAUAAAGCGGCAGGGCGGGCGUCGGCUGAGGGAGCCUUGCCGGGAUCUGCAGACAGCUCCGCAGCCGACCCGACCCUGUGUCCGCUCUACCCCUCCAAGGAGACCUCUGUGGAGCUCCCAGCCGGGGACGGCGAACAGGACAAGAGCCCACAGAGUGAAGCCUCCUUACUUGGUAGUGAGUUUGUAAGCCCACACUACGAGCGUGGUGCCCAUCACAGCAGCCCGUCUUCAGAGCUGAGCGGCAGUGAUCUGGCAGAGAAGUCCAGCAACCUCUCUCCGUACUUGAAGAGUUCAAGUUCACACAAUGAGGUUUUCUUGCCAAGAUCACGUGGUCCUCGGCGAAAGAAGUGCAAACCAUAUUUUGUGGAACAAAACAAGCUGACUUUGGGAUUACCCACCCCCAAAGUGGACUCUUAUCUUCAACUUCACAAUAAAAAGAGGGAGGACACUCACACAGAACAGGAACACUGGUCUCAACAUGAAAGAGCAAAAUCAAGUAAUGUACCAAGAGUUCAAUCUUCUGAAACAACCAAUGGUCAGCAACCUUCCGGAAAACCAACCAGGCACAAGAUUCGAAGACAGAAGAAAUGCAGUCAUGGCCUGAAGUCGUUGGUGACUGAAGAGCUGCUUUUCAGCCAAGUUAACCAGAAAAACACUGCUAGACAGCCACAGAAUCAAAAUAAGCGUAUCGAUACUUCAAUAAAGCAUGAAACAGUUGUAAUUGUGAAUGUUCCUAACAGCAAUUUACAAUACUCAAGUGCACUUAUGAGCCAGGAUCCAAAAGCAACCUCCAAUAAAUUUUCUCCACCACAACAGACUUUUGACAAGGUAGUACAUAAAAACACCACUAGCUAUCACUCAGUGAUGGGCUUUAAUAAAGAAAGAGGAUACAAAGGCCAAGAAGAGAAAAGAUUUUCAUACCAGCAGCCACACAUCAACACUCUUUCCAAUGUGGACUCGAACUACCUUGAUGAACUUACGACGUCACAAGUGCCCCUGGGUCACAAAGGCUCUCAGUCUGUUUCUGACUUAAAUGUUAAUAGAGCAACUGAAAAUAAGAAGCAACCCAAACAAACUCUUCCAGAGACAAAGUAUAAGAACUUGGAAAUAUUAUGGAAAUUCCAUCCCUCCUCUGACAGCCAACCGGCCAGAGCGUCCCCAGGCGCACGGCUGGGGCAGCUCAUGGAGCAGCACCAGCAGGCCUUGGCGCAGCUGACCGGGGUGCAGCCCAGGCCAGAGGCCUUCGCCGGCAUCACCUUUCCACCCAUAUUGUCGAGAACAGAAAGCGAAUCCCAAGUCAAUUCACAGAGAAGCCAUAGAAACCAAAUGAAAAUUAGUCGUACCAAUUCUGAAGGCUAUCUGUCUCAACUCGGAGAAGGAAAACAGCUUAGGAAAAGCAGAAUGAAGAGUUCCAAGCUGAAAGGUUAUCAGACAAGAGACGUGAAGCUGGGCGGCCUUGGACCUGACCUUGAGUCUAUCAGAGAUAAAAUGCAGAAAUUAAUACAGCAAAAGGAAUAUGCAAAACAAGUUAAGGAGUACAACAUGAAGACACUAUCCAUUCUGUCAAAACCACAAACAACAAAAACUGAAAAUAAAUCUGCCAUCUCUCGGCAGAAGGCUUUGGAAUAUGCUAAGACCAUCCCCAAACCCAAACCUUCAAGCCUGCCUGGCCUCACGUCGAAGGAGGAGAAGAGCCGGACCUGCGCUGGGGAAGGAGGCCCGCUGCCUGAGCUCUCGCUGCUGGAGAAGCUGCAGAGCAGGCACGAGAGGGAAAAGCAAGCUGUGGCUGCGUUCAGAGUCCUUCACAUUGUGUAG